AUGAUUUUAUUACAAACCUAUCAAUACGACUACAUAAUCUCACACUAUAAAACUGAACGUUUAGCCAUAGUCAUCGACAGUCUGACUAUCGCUAUACCGUUCUCAUUAGUGUGCUUUAAAUUAAUUGCGAUUUGGACGAACCAAAGUGUGCUCCGCGAAAUUUUGACAACCAUGAAGGAGGACUGCGAGAAAUACGCUGUUACCGAUACGGAUAAUUUGAUAGCGAAAACGUCGGUGCUUUCGUUUCGAUUAACGACCGCGAUCCUGGCUGCUCACAUAACCUGUUCGACUCUUUAUAUAAUCGGCGUGCUUGGGUACCAACAAGGUAACAGUACGACCCGAGAACUGCUUUUCAGAAUGGACUUGCCCUUCGACACAAACGUGUCCCCCGCUUACGAGCUCGUGGUAACUGAGCAAAUCCUUCAUCUGCUAUCAUCCUCCCUUACAUUUAGUACCUUUGGUUCUCUGCUUUUGACGAUGACUCUUCAUGUAGGGUGUCUCGUGGAUAUAUUGUGCAACAGAUUGUUGGAAUCAUCUCUAAUAGACAAAGAACAGAUACGAUUUCUCAUUAUCAGGCAGCAAGAGAUCACUAUGUUUGUAAAGAAACUUGAGCAACUCUUCACGUAUAUUGCUCUCGUCCAACUACUAGCGAAUACUAUCGUUACGUGUUGCACGGGUUAUCUUAUCGUAAGUUCAGUGGGCCUCGAAAAUGUAGUUCCCGUCUUUCUGAAAUGUAUAAUGUUCUACAAUGUAAUGUGUUUAGAUGCGUUCACCUAUUGUUUUGUUGGGGAAUUCCUCGAGAUUAAGAGCAAUAUGAUCGCCGAGACAGCAUAUGGAAUUCCAUGGUACGACUUAGAUCCUAAUGUCAGUCGACAAGUAGUACUGUUGAUAUUAAGGGCUCAUAAUGGACUACCUCUAACAUUUGGAAAGUUUUCGAAACUCAGUCUGGAAAGCUUCACUGCAAUGAUGAAGGCUUCAGCGUCUUACAUGUCGGUGCUUCUAGCAAUGUCUUGAAACAGAAACCUCGCACUUGUUGUACACAUAACAUAUCUUAACUGAAAUAUUGAA